UUCCGAGACCACCCAUUCUAAUAAUUUGGUCAAGUCGCAAAAGAUUCUCAUCUUUUCAAAUUUAUGAAAGGGAGAUAAAUAUGCAUAGAGGGACUCCAAGGCACAAAAGCGGAUGCUGUUAGGGUUUGGAACCGCUAAACAGCAUGGUUUGAGAGAGACAGAGGUUCACAAAGAAAGUGUGAUAGAGAUCCGAGAACAAGUAUUACAUCUUUCACUCCUUCGGUUGCAAGUUGCGAACUGCGAAGGGACACGGGUCGACGGAGCAGCAGGGACGAAGAGAUACAACCGGGGAAGAAAGAGAUAAAAAUUGACGGAUAGAGAUCGACCUUUUCGUUAAUGGAGCUUCGUAUAUAUUGUAAGCGAAGACCAAUGUUAGAGUAAGAGAGACGACCACUUUCUCGGUUCGUUUUCUUUCUUUAGUUUUCUAACUCUAGAAUGCAAGUGUGGGUCCAAAAUUGAUUCAGUGUUUCCCUGCAAAAAGCAGUGUUUGAGGGUAUAUUAGUAAAUGGUCCUUUUGACCGGAUUCUAUAGGUUUUGCUGAUGUGGAAGCAUAUGUGGCACUAAAAACAACUGCAUAACAAUUAAUUAGCUUAGUCACUCCUUAUAAACGAAUGUUAACAUCCAAAAUCAGGAGGAAUCACGGUUUUGACGGAGAAGAAGAAAGAAGAUGUCGAGUGGCUCAAGAAUCUCCACAGGUUCAAGCAAUCACAGAGUAGCUAAGGAAGUCCUCUGUGAUUGUAAACUCCCUACAAGAAUUCGUACCUCCAAGACCAAAGAUAACCCUGGAAAGAACUUCCGAAUGUGCCCUAACUCAUUGAAACUAGGGGAAAAGUGUAAAGUUUGGGAAUGGAUUGAUGAAGAACCUGAGAAUAUGAAGCCCAUUGCAGAAGAUACUCUUUCAGAUGUUGCAGAUUAUCUUAUACAAGUUUUAGAAGAUGUGACAUCUGUUAGAGAAGAAGUUAAACAGUUGAAGGUUAUGGUUUGUGUACUGAUUAUGUUGGUCAUUGUUAAGGUUAUGUUUUCGGGUUGAAGAUAUGCUUUUGGAGGUUUUAGGGGAUGUUGAUGUAAUAGACUUGUUGUGUAAUUCUUCUUCCUGAAUCCAAUCAAACAAAGGUUCAUGAUGAUGAUCCA